CCUCUUCAAAAACAUAUCAGAGUCAAGAAAUCUGAACACAGGAUCUCCUAAAAGAAUGAGCUCAAGGUUACAUAUGUACAUAAAGAAUAAUAACUCUUCUUCUGAAGGAAGCUCAGAUAGUGCUAUUUCUCCCUCUCAGAUGAGGAGAAGACGUUCUACUAGAAGAAACACGAUAUCUAAAAAUUACAACUUGCUGUUGUCACAAAGAUUAGAUUCAGAGGCCCCAAAGCAUCCUCAAAUAGCUCAGAUCAAAGAUUCCUUGCAUAGACCUAUUUAUAAUUUUAAAGGGAAAGUACAAGACUCGCAUGUUCAAAUUCCAAUCUCUGAAAAGAAGCUCUCAAAGUAUCAAAAUAUGAGCAAAAAGGCUGUUCCCAACAUAUCAAAUUUCAACAGAAUAGUCUCAUUUUCUUCGGGAGAAUUCACUCAUGCAUCAUCAAGAAAUUACCAAAAUACAAAUGAGAUUUUGGAUUCUCCCUUACUUGGAAUCAAUGACGAGCCAACUCUCUCAGGAAACUUUUGUCCAAGCAUUCAAGGCGACCUGCUCAAAGAAAUGGUGGAGAAGAAGGAUAUCAAUAAGUAUAUCAGAAGAAAGUCCUGAGAAUGCACCUCCUGUGGAGGGCCGACGCUUAAGAAGAAACUCGGCUUUCAAAUAGUCCUUGAGAAUGAAAACUCCAAUAAAGAACAAGGUUUCAAAAACUUCAUAGGAAAAUUUGAUGAUAAACUCUCAAAAAAUGAUUCCAUUUCAGAAAAUCAUGAAAGCUUGAGCGUAUCGGACCAAUAUAAUAUCAAAGUUGGUAAGAUAUCCAGCAUAUCAUCAUUUGAAAAAAACAAGAGUGAAACCCAAGAUAAAGCCAACCUUCAAAUCUCUCCAGAACCGAACAUUAAGAGCAUGCGAAGACUUUCUGGAGCCGGAAUAAAAUUACUCAAGACAGUAUUUGAGAAAAGUCAACAGAGGGCAAGAGUAGAACGACUCGAAAAAGUUGUUCAGAUAGCUGAGAUGAAAAAUUCCAAACAAUCCAAUAGUAAUACCAGUUACAUCAAAAAGCUAAAGAAUGAAAUAAAGCUUACCAAGAUAGCUGAAAAGAAAGAAGCUACAUGAGCUCGAUCUGAGUCGGAUAACUCACUCCUACUAGAAGAAAUUAACAAUAUCAAGGCAUCUAUGAUGUCAAGACUAAACUCGUUAGAUUUUACAAAUAAACUCACCCAUAAGAGCUUACAGAUCAAUAGAAGAUCAAGUUGGAAUUCUGGUACAAGAAGAAGUCAGAAUUUCAAUAUCCAAAUAAAUUACAACGAAGCGACCACUAAGCUUAAUAAUCGUUUUGAUAAUUUACCUGAAAAAUUGCAAGAGGACAAGGAUAAAAUCUCUCUAAAAUCACAAGAUUCCAUUACAUCAGACGUCAGCAGUAGCACUACUUCUAAAGAAGCAAUAGAAACAAGUCAAAUGACUUCGCCUAAGAGUGGUAAAAAGACAGAGAAAAUUACUCCUAAAUCAGGCUUUCAAAAAUCAAUCGAGAAGCAUCAAAAGAAGGUUAAUUAUGCUAACUCUAAUGUAUUCAAUGCGAAUAAGAAGAAGAGAGAAAUCAAAAGAAUCACGGGCUUGCUUAGUUCAAAACCAAAAUAUCUUACAAGAGUAGACACUAGGAAGGGGGAGAACUAUGGAAUUACUCCUAAAGGCAGCAAGUCACGUAAUGUGAAUUUGCCUAAAAUGAUCAAGACUACAUUUGCUAAGAAGAAUAAGAUUAUAGAAACUGGUGUCAGUCCUAAAUUCAAGGCUUUGAUAUCCUCAAAAAUCAAGAAUAACAGAAAAACAGCUCCAAUGUGACCAAAGAGGAGCACUGGAAGGUUCUAUACAACUAGAAAAUUCAACCCUUAUACAAAAACUGAGAAAAGAAACGAGGCAUUAUCUAGCCGACUCGGAUCGCCGAUAGGUUUCACAACAGAAAUAUCUUCACCAAUGAGUAAGAAGCAAGAUUUGGUCUUAAGGAAGCCAAAGUUCUUAGAUUUUGCCAAGUUCAAGAGGAAGGUUUUUCACAGCCCCAAAAAUAUGAGCGAUUCCUCUAAGGGACUCUCUUCCAACUCUGUCCUUGGAAAGAGCAAGCUUGAACAGAACUAAUUGAUUCACCAGCAGAAGUAUUAAUCAUUGAGUAAAGAGGGGUGGGUUUUCUUUAAGGAAU